CACUGAUGAUGUGUUUGUUUGUGUGAGUAAUGUCUCCGCCUCCGCUCCGCCAUUGGAUUUCGUUUUAGCCGAGAAUCGAAAAAGGUUGUACCUUUUAAAAUCGGCAAAAAUCUUGACAAUCUCUUUCUCUUCGCUCAUUUUCUUCAGUCAUAUUCCGUGCACAAACAUUAUAUCCGAUGGCAGACAGAGACACAGAUGAGUUAAACAUUGAUAACGUAAUUAAAAAAUUAUUAAAAGUCCGGGGCGAGAAGCCUGGUAUGAAUGUACAGCUAACGGAAAUUGAAAUAAAAGGUCUCUGCCUUAAAUCGCGGGAAAUAUUCUUGUCACAACCCAUCCUACUUGAAUUAGAAGCUCCGUUGAAAAUAUGCGGUGACAUUCAUGGUCAGUACUAUGACCUGUUAAGGUUGUUUGAGUAUGGAGGAUUCCCUCCGGAGUCUAAUUACCUGUUCCUUGGAGAUUAUGUGGAUCGUGGCAAACAGUCCCUGGAGACGAUAUGCCUGCUCCUCGCAUACAAGAUCAAGUAUCCAGAGAACUUCUUUCUACUAAGAGGUAACCAUGAGUGUGCCAGCAUCAAUAGGAUUUAUGGGUUCUACGAUGAAUGCAAAAGAAGGUACAACAUCAAGCUAUGGAAGACUUUCACAGACUGCUUCAACUGCCUACCUGUCGCCGCGAUAGUCGACGAGAAGAUCUUCUGCUGCCACGGCGGUCUGUCGCCGGACCUGCAGGCGAUGGAGCAGAUCCGGCGCAUCAUGCGGCCCACCGACGUGCCGGACCAGGGCCUGCUGUGCGACCUGCUGUGGUCAGACCCCGACAAGGACGUGGCCGGCUGGGGGGAGAACGACCGCGGCGUCAGCUUCACCUUCGGCACUGAGGUGGUGGGCAAGUUCCUGUCGAAGCACGAGUUCGACCUGAUCUGCCGCGCGCACCAGGUGGUGGAGGACGGGUACGAGUUCUUCGCGAAGCGGCAGCUGGUGACGCUCUUCUCCGCCCCCAACUACUGCGGCGAGUUCGACAACGCCGGCGCCCUCAUGUCCGUCGACGAGACCCUCAUGUGCUCCUUCCAGAUCCUCAAGCCCGCGGACAAGCGCAAGCUCUACUCCGGCCUCAACAUGGGCCGCCCCAACACCCCGCCGCGCGCACAGCCCAAGAACAAGAAGAACUAGUGCCGCCGCCCCGCCCCGCCC